GCAUACGGCUUCCCUGGCCGCCAUAAAUCCUUGCUACUCUCGCUCUCUGCGUGUAAAAGCAAAAGUGAAGAAGAAGUAGGAGCGACUGAUGUGCUCAGUGGCUGCUUGAAGCGAACAGAAACCCUAAGUAUUUUCGCCAGUCAAAAGAACAAGAGAACUCCUAUUAAGCGAAGUUGAUUAUUUUCUUACAUUACCAGAAAUGGUGGGCCUCUCUGUUGGAGAAAAGCGUUUUAUACAGGGUGGCAUUGCUCAAGACCUUCGGUCUGAUGGUCGGAAAAGGUUAACCUAUCGGCCCAUUUAUGUUGAAACCGGAGUUAUUCCUCAGGCAAAUGGCUCUGCAAGAGUGAAAAUGGGUGCAACAGAUGUUAUUGCCUGUGUGAAGGCCGAGCUGGGAAGGCCAAGUCCAUUGCAACCUGAUAAAGGGAAGGUUGCUAUAUUUGUUGAUUGCAGCCCAACUGCGGAGCCUACAUUUGAGGGUAGAGGAGCUGAGGAGCUUUCCGCAGAACUCUCAGUUGCUCUUCAACGUUGUCUCUUAGGUGGUAGAAGUGGAGCAGGGGCUGGAAUUGAUCUUUCGUCUUUAGUUAUCACGGAAGGAAAAGUUUGCUGGGAUCUGUAUAUUGAUGGUCUUGUUGUCAGUUCAGAUGGAAACCUUUUAGAUGCUCUUGGAGCUGCUAUUAUGGCUGCUUUGAGCAAUACGGGGAUCCCAAGAGUCCUUGUAGCAGCCAGUGCAUCGCCUGAUGAGGAACCCGAGGUUGACAUCAGUGAUGAAGAAUAUCUUCAGUUUGACACGAGUGGGGUUCCGGUUAUAGUUACAUUAACAAAGGUGGGCAGACACUAUAUUGUAGACGCGACUUCAGAAGAGGAAUCCCAAAUGAGCUCUGCUGUUUCUAUCUCGAUCAAUAGGCAAGGCCAUAUAUGCGGGUUGACCAAACGAGGAGGGGCAGGCCUAGAUCCAAGCAUCAUUGUAGACAUGAUAUCUGUGGCAAAACAUGUAAGUGAGCAGCUGAUGAAUAAAUUGGACUCUGAAAUAUCUGCUGCUGAAGCUGAUGAGGAUGAGUUGUAAGCAUGGAUAUUACUCUUUCUUUACAGAGUUUGAAUUGAAAACUACAUUUGACAGAGAAAGAAGUUGGCUCUGCUGUUUGUGUGCUGAUGCCUGAAGGAUAUGCAAGGACUUAAGACUUGACACUCUGUUGUAAACCUAUUACCAGUUUAAUUUGACCAUUUUGGCUUAUUGUUAAAGCUCAA